UCCAACUUUCUGUGCUGCUUUCUCCAGCCGAUUUAAAAGGCGUAGGGUAAGUGGUGCCCCCAUCGCCCAGUAUACCAUUGGUAUAUUGCAGCAACCAUACCCUGACCUUAACUGGUUGGGGUAUUCUGGCCCCCCAGGUUGGGGGUUUCGCACAGGGCCAACAACCCUGCCUAGUAAAAGAGAUCUUGUUCAGGACUCAUACAACAAGCCUCGGACUAGAGUACAUGGUAAAACGAUUGGAAACUGGAAAACGGAACUGCUGUGCGGUACGUGGAAUGUGCGAUCUUUGCACACACCAGGUGCGGCUUUGGACAUGGUUAAGGAAUUAGAAAAAUACGGAAUGAAGUGCGUAUCACUUCAAGAAAUCAGAUGGAAAGACGCCGGGACAACCAAAAUAUCACAAACAACCAUCUUCAACGGAGAGUGUGAAAAGGGUCAUAGACUGGGAACCGGUUUUGCAGUACACGAAUCUAUUAUACAUUUAGUAAAAGAGUUUAGAGAUAUAAACCCUAGAAUUGCAACUUUAACCCUUAAAACAGAUAAUUUUUACAUGGUGAUAAUUAACGUGCAUGCACCAACAGACGAUAUGGAAGAGGAAGAAAAAGAGAUGUUCUAUGCAGCACUAGAAGAUACGUUUAACCAGUCGAUUGAAGAUAUAAGAUUAGUAUUGGGUGAUUUUAAUGCGAAGAUAGGACGUGAAGAAGUCUACAGAUCGACUAUUGGAAGCCAUAUCCCACAUACAAACACAAAUGAUAACGGUAUCAAACUAAUUGACUUUGCUUUAGGAAAAGAGAUGAUGGUUAAAUGUUCCCACGAAAAGACAUACAUAAAUAUACAUGGAUCUCGCCGAAUGGGAGACAUAAAAACCAAAUUGACCACGUCCUAAUAAAUGAUAGAUUCAAAAAUAGUAUUCUGAAUAUAAGAACUUUACAGGGAGCUGAUAUGGACUCGGACCACUUACUGGUUGGUAUAUGGAUGAGUGUAAAAAUUAAGAAAUAUAAGAAAUGUAAUCUAACGAAGAGAGGACGAACUGAUAUAGUUAAGUUAACGGAUAAACAAAUAUGUAAGGAAUAUUAUGCAGAAAGCUUUCAAAAUAUUAUUAAAAAUAAACAACUAGAUGUAAAAUAAAAUGUAGAUAAAACAUGGGAACUUGUUAAAGAAAGUAUA